CUGAAGGUACUGCUGAAGAAUGUACAUAAUGCUAUCUCCAUUAUUGACAAGUUUAAUGCCUCCGUUCUAUUUGCACUGUGCAAUUUGUUAGAUGAAUCAAUGUUGAAGCAGUUGGAGGUUGAUUGUGUCUUGCCAGUUUUGGACGUGCACUUUCUCCUGAAGACCUAUAUAUAAAUGUAUCAUGGGAGCCUGUGGCAUCUUGAAAAGAAAUGAUGAACCAGCUGGAAUCAAUGUUUUCCAUGUAACUAAGAUUGAUGUACCCACGAAGCUACCCUCUUUUAACUUUUCUGUUGCUUUCAGAUUAGACAAGUUGAUUUUUGAUGUUGAUCUUGAAGAUAAUGCUGAGGGAAGUUCAGUUGUCUCCCUUGUCAUCGGAGAUAUGGACAUCAGGUAUCACAUAUGGAAAUUUACAGAAUUAUGGAUCCUUGCAAAGAUGUUAAAACUUGAUGCUUCUAAUUUGAAGGCUGUACCGAAGUUUAACAUCUUAUGCCUAUCAACAAAUAGCAUGGACAGCAAGCUCCCGCAUACAAAUGUUGAUUAUGCAGGGGAUGCAUGGCCUUCGUCUCCCGAAUGUUGCUUAAAGUUGCACUACCAGGCAAAAGAGGAUGCAUCUAAUGUUCACCAUUAUUAUGAGCUGAGAUUAUGCAAUAUCCAUUUUCAUGUACAUCCUGAAAUAGUUGGUCAAUUUCUGAAUUUUUUUGAUAAAAUCAACUCAGUAUCUCCUUCAUUAGGUAGUGAUGGUUGGGAGUCCUUUAUAGUGAAACAAAAUAGUAAGGACUCUGAAAUAGCUGGUGUCCAGCUUUCUAGAUUUGGCUUCUCCAAAUUUGUUGGUACUGAUGAUUCUCUAUUUGCUGGAAUUCCUCUUGAUCAGUUUCCUUUUCUGGGUAUGGAGGAAAGAGAAUGUCCAAGAACUUUAAAUUCAAAUUUUAGCAACAGACCAGGAAUUGUUAACAAUUCGAAAUUGAGAUCUUUGCAUAAUAGCAACGCUGUAACGCUGGAUCUUUCUCUCAAUGGAUUUCGAGUACAUUUCCAUGAUUCCUCCGGCAUUGUAGGGACGAUAACUUUUCCUGCCUCUGUAUCAUCACUUUCAUUUGCAAGUUCUGAUAUUUGGGACUUACUCUUUUCAUCUCAAGGGAUAAUGCUUAUGUCAUUUUGUUCUUCCACAAAUAUCCAUGAACUUCUCUUGGGGCCAUCUUCACCAAGUAAUACUUCGAUACUGAACAUUCGUGCCAGAAAGAAAACGUCUGAUGCAUUAUUUCCUUCCGCUGAAGUAAAUAUCAGUAUUCAGAAUGUUGGCUGCAUAUUAUCAUCCAAGUUUCUUGCUAUGGUGGUUGGGUAUUUUUCCUUGCCUGAUUGGGGCUCUGGUAGAAAUGAUCAUCAUAAUAAUGGAACUAACGAAUUUCAGAAACCUCAGACUGCAAAUACUGAUAUCUCAUACAAAUUUGAGAUAGUUGAUACCAGUCUUAUUUUACCUGUGGAACAUAGUCGGAAUGACUGCCUGAAACUGGAGCUUCCCCAUUUAUUCUGCAAUUUCAUCCCAUUUAGUAGCUCUGCAGAAGCUGCUAAGGACAUUCCUUCACAUAGCUUGAUUUCCGACUGUUCAUUUUCUGAUAAAGUUGACAUUGUUGAUCUAUUUGGAAGGAGUAUGUCUUUAUCUCUUUUGCUAAUUACUGAUCGAACUGAUUUCCUGAUGACACUUGAUGAUUACAUGUCUAUUGGAACUUUGCCCCUUAUUGAAAAGCUUGAUGCUGAUAUCUGGAUUCGAGUACCUAGUAAUACAAUGAUUUCUUCUGAACAAACUACUUUGCCGACUUCCAUUAUGGUCAAAACAGAGAGUUGCCACUUGAUUGUUGAAGAUUUAUGUUUCUUACCUGGAAUUCAGGUCCUCGUUCAUGUUAUUGAUCAGUUAUCCUCUGUAAGUAAAGAAUCUAAAAUGUACAAAUCUGACACAUUGCAAUAUUUGCAACUUAAGAGAAACAUUAUUAAUAUGGAAAAUGCCGGUUCUGCUGAAAUAUCCAGUGAAUCCUUUAUCACCGUAAAAAUUUGUGCCAAGGAAGUCUCAAUGUUGUUCUCUCACUCAAGGAACCAGGAAUCAACUUCACCAUUGCAGGUUGCCAGUGCUCACAUCGAAUUCAAUUUAUCUGCUGUAAUAAUAAAUGAUGCUGCAGAUUGUCUUGAUGUCACUAUCUCCUCUCUGGUUCUGCAGUCAUUUCACACCAGAAAUACAUUAUUAUCAUUCACGUCUGAUAGUUCAAGCUCUUUGCAUAUACAUUUCAACUUCUCUAGGCACACCACAGGAGGAAAUGAAGUUACAGUUGCUCUACCAUAUCUUGACGUUUGGUUAUAUUUAAUUGAUUGGAGGAAUCUCAUCAAUCUUCUCUCCUCAUGUACAAUCCAAACAGAGAGUGCAUUAAGCUCAUCUAUGGAAAAUCCACAAUCUCUGCCUAAUGAAUUGGAUUCUCCGAUGUCACCUUGUUCUGCAUCUGAAUUCAUUAUAAAGGAUGAUCCUAAGUUGUCUGUUAGAUCUGAUAACUUUACUCUUUCAUUGCAUUUACCUCUCUGGGAGAUGGAAGGAGAUGAUUCCGAGCUUUCUAAGAAUGAAGUGCCGCAAUUAUAUUCUGGCGAGCAGUCUGAUUAUCCCUUUACUCGUCGUUUUCCUUCCCUUGAAUCAAAACACAAUAAGUAUGUAAAAUUUACUAUUCAGAGUAAAUAUUGUGGUGUGGCUAUAGGUGAGAGCUAUGCAGAGUUGAGAUCUAAUUUGGACAAGGUGAAGGUAAUGCUGCAAGUGAUUCAAUAUGAGAAGGAUGUUAUCUCGAUUCCUUUUAUACAAGUGUCACAAGUGAAAUUGGGACUUAACUCACACAGAAAAGAAGACUUAGUACACCUUAGUUCUGAAAUACAUGCGGAAUUGUUGGAUGUUGGCGUCUCGCAUAAAAUUUUAAGUUUCUGGAAUGGUACUAGUCUGAAAUUUCCUGAAGCAGCACCAUCUUCCUCUCUCGUCUAUCAUUGCAUGACACUUGAAGUUCACUUAGGAAAAGGUUCUAUAUUAUUAAGUGAUGGAAAGUGGUGCUGUCAUGGACCGAUUCUCGAGACUUUAACCAAAAACAUUUUUGUGCAAAUCAAGAUGAUGAAUGAUAAGCUAGAGGCCUCUGUUGUUGCUGACCUGUUACUAAACUACAACAACAUUGACAAGGUUAUAUGGGAGCCUUUCAUAGAACCCUGGAGCCUUCAGUUAAACUUGACUAGAAAGCAUUGUGGGAAUAUCUUGAACACAUCUUCAAGCACAGAUGUAUGCCUGAAAUCAACGAAGCCGCUAAACCUGAAUAUAACAGAACCAUUGAUUGAGGCUAUCUUCAGACUCAAUCAGAUUAUGACCGACUCUUUGAACCCAAUUGAUGGAGGUGCACUACAUGAAGAUCAGCAUAGUAUGGGACUUGGAAACAGUGAUGACAUACAAACCCGAAGAUACGCCCCCUAUAUUCUCUGUAAUGAUACAUCCUUACCAUUGACAUUCCAUGUGUUUCAUGGGUCUGUGAAUACAGAUGAUAUCGACAGCUUCUCAGUUAUAGAUGAAAACUCUGUGGCACCAGGAUGCUCCCUACCGAUUUAUGUUGAAGAAACUCUUGAUGAAUUUUUCUUCCAACAUAGAUCUGCUCAUUCUUCUGAACAGCUUAUUGAGAAAAGGAUGAAUUCUGUGGCACAUCAUUUGAUAUCCAUUCAAUUUGAUGGAACUUCUGAACGUUCGAAACCUAUAUCAAUGGACUUUGUGGGUGUAAAUUACUUUGAAGUUAAUUUUUCAAGAUGUAGCCAACCCUCCAAUACUGAAAUAGAGAGAGAAGAUGAUGCCUUGUCAUAUAAUCGAAAGACUGAGGGUAGGUACGAAAGAGGCCAGGGCAACGACUUAAUUGUCCCUGUGGUACUUGAAGUUUCAAUGCAGAACUAUAGCAAGAUGAUACGUGUGUACUCAACGGUUAUACUUUUUAAUGCAACAUCAAUGCCCUUGGAGUUGCGUUUUGACAUACCAUUUGGUGUUUCUUCUAAGAUAUUGGGACCUCUACUACCAGGUCAACAGAUUCCGCUGCCUCUGCAUUUGUCUGAGGCUGGUAGAAUAAGAUGGCAUCCAGUUGGCACCAGCUACUUGUGGAGUGAAGCACAUUCGCUAUCAAGUAUGCUGUCACAGGAAAAUAGGCUUGGAUUCAUGAGAUCAUUCGUUUGCUAUCCUUCUCAUCCUGCUAGUGAUCCAUUUCGUUGUUGCAUAUCGAUUCAAGAUUAUAGCCUGCCUUCAUCUGUUAGUUACCAAAAAUAUCCACAGAUCUUUGAGAAGAAAUUGAGUAAGAAACAUUACAUACGCCAAGUGAAGCUGACUACUCCUUUGUUGAUUAAAAAUUAUCUUCCUGCAAGCUUAUCCUUGACAAUAGAUGGCUGUGGAGUUCCACAUUUUGUUUCCCUUUCGGAGGUAGAUACUGCUUCUAUUUUUCUUGUUGAUUCAACAUAUGACCUUGGAAUUACCUUCCACAUUCAAGGAUACAAGCCUACUGUAUCGAAGUUCCCUCGUGCAGAAUCAUUUUCUGCUAUCGCUAAGAUGAAUGGCUUAAAAUUUUCCUUAACAGAAACACUUAUAUUUCAUUCUGACGCCUCCUGUUCUAUAAGUGUUACUCUAGAGAAAGCAAUGGAUGCAUACUGUGGUGCGCGAGAAUUAUGCCUUUCUGUUCCCUUCUUGUUAUACAAUUGCACAGGUCUGCUACUUACCAUCACAGAAAGUAACCAUGAAAGGAAUGGACAUGCCCUUAUUAUUCCUCCCAGCUAUAGUUUAGCUGGGAAUGAAAGCUGUUUGGUUGGAAAACAGGGCCUUGCUCUUCUGCCCUCUGAGUACUUCCCAUCUAAAUUCAAACGAAUAAAUGAUCUAGAUCUAUCUGGUGCAUCUUAUUCAUCAAGAAAGGUACGAAUUGAUGGAGCACGUGAGACUGAGGGAAGCAACAGAGAGCCUAAGCCACAAAUGUAUUCUCCUCCUGGCCAUCUUGCUGCUACUGAAUUUAUCGUUAAGCUUAGUGCAGCUCGAAGUCAGAGCAGCACUGUGAAUUCUCAGAGCGCAGCUUGGUCAAGUCCAUUUACCCUUGUCCCUGCAAGUGGUUCAACUAGCAUUGUCGUUCCUCAACCGUGUAAUUCUGGUGCAUAUUUAAUUUCUGCAACAGUAAUAACUGUUUCUGGAGAACUCACUGGGAGGACGAGGGUGAUUACUUUUCAGCCAAGAUAUGUGAUUUGUAAUGCUUGCACCAAGGACUUGUUUUUCAGACAAAAAGGAACAAGCAACUUUUAUCGUUUGGGUGCUGGGAAACAUUCUCACCUCCACUGGCCUGAUGCAACAAGAGAGUUGGUUGUUUCUAUUCGAUUUGAUGAACCAGGGUGGCAAUGGUCAGGCAGCUUUCUUCCUGAUAGAAUAGGAGAUACUCAAGUGAAAAUGAGAAACUAUGUCUCUGGCGUAUCAAACAUGGUUCGAGUUGAAGUACAAAAUGCUGAUUUGGGCAUCAGCAAUGAGAAUCUUUUUAAGAGAACUAAUAGUAAUUCAACUACACAACUUAUUCUAUUGUCCGAUGAUAAGACUGGGUUUAUGCCAUACAGGAUAGACAAUUUCUCCAUGGAGAGAUUGCGGGUUUACCAACAGAGGUGUGAAUCUAUUGAAACAGUAGUUUAUCCAUACACAUCUUGCCAAUAUGCUUGGGAUGAGCCUUGCUACCCUCAUCGUCUUAUAAUUGAGGUGCCUGGGGAGCGAAUAUUGGGAAACUACAGUCUUGAUGAUGUAAAUCAAUACAUGCAUGUGAAUAUCCCUUCAACAUCGGAGAAAUCUGAUAGAAGACUCUGUAUCUCGGUGCAUGCAGAAGGGGCUAUCAAGGUGCUGAAUGUUGUUGAUUCAACUUGUCAUUCUAUAAAGGACAUGGAAGAAAUUGGUUUUCUAGGAUUCAAAGAAAGAAUGGAUGUUGAUCAGAAACAGGAAUAUCAAGUUAAUUUCAGUGAGACUCUGACAAUACAGUUGCCAUUUAUUGGGAUAUCAUUGAUAAGCUCUUCUCCUCAGGAGUUGCUUUUUGCUUGUGCGAAGAUGACCACAAUUGUUGCAAUGCGAAGUUUGGAUCAGCAAAAGAUUUCUCUCAAAAUAGGAUCUAUUCAAAUUGAUAAUCAGUACUCCGAUAGUCCGCAUCCUAUCAUGCUGUCUUUUGACAAUAAAUACAAGGGAAGAUCCUUCUUCAGAAGUAAAGAAAUGCAGCUGGGGCUUCAAAAUGGUUAUAUGAACUAUUCUAGUUCUGACACUACACUCGACCCUAUCUUUUAUGUAGCUGCCUCCAAAUGGAGGAUUAGAGAUACCUCAUUGGAUUCUUAUGAAUACAUAAAUAUAUGUUUGGCCCCUUUGUGCAUCGAGCUUGAAGAACGAGUUCUUUUCAGUUUGGUUGACUUUUUUAGAGCUGUUUAUACGAGACUACAAGGCCGAAGCCUAGGAAAAGAAAUUGAACUGUGGAUUCCAGAGUCUAUUACUGAUGCUUCAAAAGAGUGCCUGGAAAAUGUCAGGGAGUAUAGGUACAAAAGUAUGUUAAGAGAUUCCGACUAUGUCGAAGGACAGAAUAAGAGUGGAUUACUCCCUUCUGUUGUUCCUAUUGGAGCUCCUUGGCAACAAAUAUACCUUUUAGCUAGAAGGCAGAAAAAGUUAUAUGUGGAAAUGUUUCAGUUGGCCCCUAUAAAGUUAUCUUUAAGCUUUACUAGCAAUCCGUGGAUGACUCAAAGUGAAGUAGCUUCAGAGAUGGAUACCAGGUCUCGCAACAGUAGUACCACUAUACAGAGAGGUCUGAUGGCCCUUGUUGAUGUCGAAGGAGUUCCUGUUCAUCUUGGAGAAUUAAAGUUGGAAAAUCUGAUGGCUAGCUGGAAAUCAAUCCAACAGAUUCUUGCUAGUCAUUAUACGAGGCAGUUGCUUCAUGAACUGUACAAGAUACUUGGUUCAGCUGGUGUUAUAGGAAAUCCUAUGGGUUUUGCACGGAAUGUCAGAACCGGUUUCAAGGACUUCAUAUCUGCUUCGAGCAUAGGGGUCUUGCAGAGUCCUGCUGAACUACUCACUGGAAUAGCACAAGGCUCGAAAACUCUUUUUAAUAGUACUGUCUAUGCCAUAAGCAGUACUACUACUCAGUUCACUAAAACAGCUUACAAGGGCAUUGUUGCCUUUACUUUUGAUGAACAAGCUGAAUUGGAUGAGCUGAAAAAUCAUUUAGAUUUACAUGGCAAGGGUGUACUGAAUGGGCUUCUGGAGGGUCUAACUGGGCUCCUCCAAUCCCCAAUAAGGGGUGCUGAGAAGCAUGGCCUUCCAGGAGUUGUUUCAGGAAUAGCAAUGGGUACUGCUGGACUUGUGGCGAAGCCAGUGGCCAGCAUUCUCGAAGCCACAGGAAAAACUGCACAGAGCAUUAGGAAUCGAAGCAAUCCCCAUCGAUUCAAUUACUUUCGCGUCCGUUUCCCACGGCCUUUGACAAAAGAGCUGCCUUUGUUGCCAUACUCGUGGGAAGAAGCCAUCGGAGUGUCAAUGCUCGUACAAGCAGAUGGAUGCAGGCUUAAAAACGAAACUUUUGUUCUGUGCAAAGCACUGAAACAGUCGGGGAAGUUCAUUAUCCUUACCGAAAGAUUACUUUUGGUUGUUUUUUGCCCUUACUUAGUCGAUCUAGGAGCAUCGGCCUUUAUUGGUGUUCCUCCUGAUCCAGAAUGGGUGAUAGAAACAGAGAUGAAUCUGGAGAGUGUGGUUCACAUAGAUAGGUCAGAGGAGGUGGUGAAUAUUGUUGGAAGCACUGCAGAGACGCUACCCAAGCAGAAAAGAGGUGGUGGCACAAGGAGUAAUAGGCCAUGGAGCCUGCCUUCCACUUCUACACCUCUCUUUCACGCAAGUGUGGAAUUGCCAAAUAAUGAAGAAGCUGAGGAUGCUCUACAGGUCGUUCUGUCUGUGAUAGAAAAAGGAAAGAUGCGAAGGUGGGGUCUGCGUGUUGUGCAUCGAAGUAAUCUAGGCUGAGAGUGCCUUGCUUGUACUGCCUAUCGUAAGAAGAUCCUUAUGCCGCACUGACACCUGAACUUGUUCGUAUCCACUGCAGCUGUAAAUCAGCAUAAGGAGCUGUAGAGUGUAAAUAGAUAGAAAUCAUAGGAAAAAGACCAUUGUAAUUGUUAUAGAGAAAAGAAAGGUGAGCUUUUGAAGUUUAUACAGCUAUAACGAAUUGAAACAGCUUUUCUGUACAUAAAUAACAAUUAGUUGUAGACUUCUAGCUUUUUUGUGCAUAAUAAAAGCGGCAGUAUGUAUCGGUAUAUUCC